UGUGGUGUCAUCAGUUGCAGUAGAACAACGUUAAGUAAUUAAUCGACAAACUUACCAAUAAAUCAAAGAAAAUCAAAAUGUUCAAAUUCCUCGCCAUCUGUUUGUUCGCCAUGAUCGCUUACGUGGCUGCUAAGCCAGCUGUGGUCGCCGCUCCCGUGGCUUAUACUGCCGCCUAUACCGCUCCUGUGGUAGCUGCUUCUCCAUACACUGCUGCUUAUACGGCUGCCUACACUUCACCCUACGCCGCCGCCUACUCUUACCCAUAUGCGGCAUAUAGCGCUUAUCCUUAUGCUACAGCUUUCUUGCGCUAAACCGAAAGCUGUCAAAGGCAACAAACUUGGAAAUCUCUGGAUUAUUGAUACACGAGACGGUUGUUAAUUUUCAGUUGUUCUUAUUGUUAUUUUGUUGUAUAUUUUAAAUUUCACAACUUUCUAAUUCAUCUUGACUUUAUACUUAAAAGCUAAGGAGUCGCUUCUGGGCGACCUUUGGAUUUAUUUCCUUUCACUUUCUUUAAAUGUUAUAACAAAAAACCAUGUUAA